AUGGCAGCGGCGAGGCUGAGGGAUUUUAUAUGGAUGAACCUUCCCGAAUUUUAUGGCUCCAAAGUUGUGGAAGAUCCUCAAAAACUUAUCGACGAGGUCUACAUGAUACUUUCUAUUAUGGGAGUGACACCGGUCCGGUGGCGAGGUCGUUCAAUGUUUCGACAAAAGUUCUCCGAGCAAGGUUCUUUAAAUGCUUCUCCAAGGUGUAACAAUGAAAGGGUGUUUAACUAUAAACCUCAAGGAGAUAGUAAUAAGUCAAUGAUGCCUACUUGUGCUAAGUGUAGAAUAAACCAUGAGGGUAAGUGUCUAGCGGGUUCCAAUGCUUUCUUUGGGUGUGGAAAGGCGGAUCACAAGAUAAGGAACUGUCCUUUGGUUGCUAAGAAUGAGGGAGAUUACUUUCGUAAGGCUCAUCCGAACCCCUCAUUCGGUCCAAGUGGUUCGGGUGCAAGUUCUUCUAAGCAAAACCGAUUUUAUGCUCUUCAAACUAAAGGUGAUCAAGAGAGCUCCUUAGAUAUGGUAAUUGGUAUGUUAAAAGUUUUUCAAUUAGUUGUGUAUGCUUUUCUUGAUCCAGGAGCUACUUUGACUUUUGUGACACCUUAUGUGGCCAUGAGGUUUGAUGUGCUCCCCGAUGUGUUAUUAGAACCUUUUUCUAUCUCUACUCCUGUUGGUCAUUCUGUGUUGGCUGGAAGGAUUGUAGAACUUGUGUAG